CAUAUUCUCUCAAUCUGUGAUCUGGGUGUUUGGAUUUCAUUUGCUUUGAUUAUGAAGUUUUGUUCUUGAAACUCCAGUAUUUGAUUCAGGGUGGGUUUCCAAUUGUGGGCCUUUUAGAUAUUUAGGAAAAUUAACCAAACAAGGAAGAAUCAUUUUCCAAUUAGGUACAGCUUUUAGAUGUUUCAAAAACUGAGCAAAAAGGGAAGAAUCUUUGAAGUUAUUUGCCAAACAAAAAUACAGAAAGGAAUAGUCUUUUGAAAUAUUUUCCAGAUAUCAUCGUACCUUAUGGUUUCUUAAAGCAGAAAGGCUUGCUUUCACUGCAUUUAUCUUUGUUAUGUGGAUGGUUGUGUGUUGAAAUUUUCAUAUGUGGAGAGGGGCAUCUCUUUUCAUAUAUCAUAAACUGCUUUGAAUAUUCACUGUCCUUACUAAUCAAGGAAUUGGGUUUGUUCAGGCAGUUGGAACCUUGUUAGGAGCAAUGACUGGAGCUCUGAUAGGGCAAGAGACGAAGAACGGCUUAAUUAGAGGCGCUGCAGUUGGCACUGUCUCCGGAGUUGUUUUCUCUCUCGAGGUCUUCGAAUCAUCGCGGCUGUUGUGGCAGUCAGAUGAAUCCGGGAUCGAGUGUCUCCUGUAUUUGAUUGAUGUGAUUGCAAGCCUGUUAAGCGGUAGACUUGUUCGUGAGAACAUGAAGCUGACUCUAUACUGCACUCAGCAUUGCAGGACCAUAGCAGAUAUAAUGAGAUAUAAUGAAAUGACGCAAAUACCCUCAUCUCAAAUGGCCAUCUAACGGGAAUGCUGAUGGAGGACCAAAAUUGUCCUCGUCACAAUAAGUGUGUCCAUAAAUUGUCUAAAUUUUUUAUA